UCAGAGGGAGAAGAGAAAGGGGGCGUGAACCCCCCACCUUGGGUAAGAGAGUGAGAGGGAAGAGAGAAAGGGGGCGUGAACCCCCCACCUUGGGUAAGAGAGUGAGAGGGAAGAGAGAAGGGAGGCGUUAACCCCCCGUCUUGGGUAAGAGAGUGAGAGGGAAGAGAGAAAGGGGGCCUAAAACCCCAGUUGAGUCCGAGGGAAGAGAGAAAGGGGUCUGAAACCCCCUCGGGUAAGUUGAGUCAGAGGGGAAAGAGAAAGGGGGGUUGAACUCCCGCUUGGGUAAGUGGAGUCAGAGCGAAGAGAGUAAGGGGUCUGAAACCCCCUUGAGUAAGUUAUGAGUCAGGGGGAAGAGAGAAAGGGGGUCUGAAACACCCUUGGAUAAAUAAUGAGUCAAGGGAAGAGAGGAAGGGGGCCAGUAACCCCCUUGGGUAAGUGGAGUCAGAGGGACGAGAGAAGGGGGCGUGAAACCCCCUUGGGUAAGUUGAGUGAGGGAAGAGAGAAAGGGGGUCUGAAACCCCCUUGAGUAAGUUAUGAGUAAGAGUCAAGAGAGAAAGGGGGCCUGAAUUUCCCUUGGGUAAGUUAUGAGUCAGGGGGAAGAGAGAAAGGGGGUCUGAAACACCCUUGGAUAAAUAAUGAGUCAGAGGGAGAAGAGAAAGGGAGCCGGCAACCCCUUUGACUCCGUGUGUAUUGAGUGGGAAGUGUGGGUUACAGACUCUGACUGUAAGUUGAGUGGGAAGUGUGGGUUUCUGAGCGUGACUGUAAGUUACUUCGGAAGGGUUGGCUUUCAGACCCCGAAUCUCGGCCCGGCAUAGUUGAAAGGAAAGUGGAGUUCCUCUUACCUCGAACGUCUCGACUGGAUCCUUUCUCCGCAUUCUUUCGUAACGCUGGCGUCGAUGGCGCUCGUGUCUGUUUAUCCGCCGCACGAGUCGCGUGCGCGAGGUUCAGGAAGGUCAAUACCUAUUCCACGACUAGCUUCCGCCGUUCGAUCUCGUCGUCCCGUCAAUCUCGAUCGUCCGCCUGAUCCGGUCGCAGCCGCUCCGCUGUUAUCGGAUGACGCGAUCGAGCCAGUUCCGUCGUUGUAGCGAACGAGUAGUGCCUUCUUGCACGGUGCCUUUUCGUCUCAGGCUGCCAGACAGCCACUCGGAAGCGAGCGAGAGAGCACAGGGCUGUAGCCGGCCAUUUGUGAACCGCCGUUUUCUCCCUAAAGCCCGAUGGAGCCUCUUGGAGCGUAGAGCCGCAGCAACGUGAGCACGAGGUGACGGCUCUGUGUAGUGCGUUCAGGCAACGCGUCGUGCGAUCCAGGCGACGGCUCUGAGCGCUAGCAAGGCGUUGAGCACUGCGAUGAGCAGGCAGCAUCAGUACGAGCAGCAGCGGCAGCAUGCGCGCGAGGAGGCGGCGAUGGAGAACCUGAUGGUGGCGGGAAGCCGCACCAAGAAGGAGCUGUCCGUGUCCGCGUCCAUCGUCAUCGACGACGACGUCGCAGGGCCAUCCGAGUCGCACGGGCAGCUGCCGUGCGCCAUCUGUCAGCAGGCGAUAGGCGUGGACGCGGAGGGGCGGGAGUUCGUGCCGUGCGAGUGCGCGUACCGCAUCUGCCGCCCGUGCUACGAGUACAUCCGCGCGCAGGAAGGCAACCGCUGCCCGCAGUGCCUCGCCAAGUACCGCCGCCUGCCCGGGAGCCCCCCUGUGGACGACGACCCGCCAGAGGAGGUAAUUCGGCACCUCGAGGAGUCCAUUCUCGACGGCCCUGCCACUGCUCUCCCCGCUGCCACCGCCCUCGCGCCCUCCGCCCUGCCGCUCUUCUCGUCCGCGCCUCAGCUGGCGCUGGAAGGGCCUGCGUCAUCGCCCCCGUCCUCAUCCGUCUCAUCUGCGUCACCAGCAGCUGCUACCCCACUGGACCUCCCCUCUGCUGCGCCACACCCUGCUGCCGCAGCGGCUGCCAGUAGCAGCCAUCCGGGCACGCCAGGCGCUCAUGCCAGUGGCAGUAGCACGGCCAGUGGCAAGCACGCAAGUGCCACGGCUGCUGGCAGCAACGGGGUGGGCGAGCAGGGCAGUCCGGCGAGCGUCGUUGCUGCCGGCGGGGCAAGUCCAGGUGGCAGUGGCGACGAGAGCGCUUCCUCCGCCAGUGCGGGCAGCCCCUCCAGCUACGGCUAUGGCAGCAUUGUCUGGUUCACCCCCCGUAGACAGUGGUCCGCCUUGGCGCCUUCUGGGGCAGGUGCACCUGGGGAAGGCGCCUCUGCUGCUGCUGCUGGCGCCCCUGAGGGUGUGCCUUCCACGGCCAUUGUCCCUGUGCGCGAUGCUAACGCCUCUGCUGGUGCACCAGGGGCCGGUGGCGGAGAGGGCGGGCAUGGUGUGGUGCCUAUUGACGGUGCCCCUGCUGAUGGCUCACCAUUUAUAGUGGACGACACACGCCGCCCCUUGUCUCGCAAGGUGCCUGUGCCUUCCAGCAUGCUCAACCCCUACAGGUUCGCGGUGGUGGUGCGGUUUGUGGUGAUGAUUCUCUUCUUCAAGUUCCGCAUCACCAACCCCAACAACUCCGCCUUCCUGCUCUGGCUCGCCUCCGUCGUCUGCGAGAUCUGGUUUGGAAUCUCCUGGAUAUUCGAUCAGAUGCCCAAGUGGUCGCCCAUCACCAGAGAGACCUUCCUCAACCGCCUCUCCCUCAGGUACGAGCAAGAGGGCCGUCCAUGCGAGCUGCCUCAAGUGGACGUGUUUGUGUCGACGGCUGACCCGCUCAAGGAGCCGCCCCUCGUGACGGCUAACGUCAUUCUCUCCGUGCUCGCUGCUGACUACCCCGUCGACAAGGUCGCAUGCUACCUAUCAGACGACGGUGCGUCCAUGCUGACCUUUGAGGCGCUCAUGGAAACGGCCAACUUCAGCCGCCUGUGGGUGCCCUUCUGCCGCAAGCACGCCAUCGAGCCGCGCGCACCCGAGAUGUACUUCGCUGGGGGCGUUGACUACCUGCUGGGCAAAGUCAACGCAGACUUCGUCAAGGAGAGGCGACGGAUGAAGCGCGAGUACGACGAGUUCAAGGUGCGCAUGAACGCGCUCGUGGUGAAGGCGCAGGACAGCCCGCGGGAGGGUUGGACCAUGCCAGAUGGCACCGCGUGGCCGGGCAAUGACAGGACCGACCACGUGGGCAUGAUCCAGGUGUUUCUGCAGCCCAACGGAGAGACCAAGGACGUCAAUGGCGACCCCCUUCCAUACCUGGUGUACGUGUCGCGUGAGAAGCGCCCCAACUACGACCACAACAAGAAGGCCGGCGCCAUGAACGCCAUGAUGCGUGCGUCUGCCCUGCUGACCAACGCGCCCUUCAUUCUGAACCUGGACUGCGACCACUACGUCAACAACUCCUGCGCCAUCCGCGAGGCCAUCUGUUUCCUGGCGGACCCCCUGAAGGGCGGGCGCGUGUGCUUUGUGCAGUUCCCCCAGCGCUUUGACGGCGUGGACAAGAACGACCGCUACGCCAACCACAACACCGUCUUCUACGAUGUGAACAUGAAGGGGUUGGACGGGCAGCAGGGGCCCAUGUAUGUCGGCACCGGAUGCGUCUUCAGACGCCAGGCGCUGUAUGGCUUUGACCCGCCCUCCAAGAUGCCCACCAAGCGCCGCACCUGCUGCUCUCUCUGCCCUGCCUGGCUCUCCGGCCGCCCCUCCCCCGUGCGCCUGCCCUCCCGCCUCGCCGCAGGGAGGGCGGCGGGGGGAACACAGCAGGGGGAGCUGGGGGACGAUGGGGCAGGCGCGUUCUCCUAUGGGGGGAGGGUGAAGCGCAGGUGGGGGUGGGAGGAGGGGGAGGAGGCAGCGCUGCUACCGACAAGGUGGCAUGUGAAGCGGUUUGGGCUGUGCCACAACUUCAUCAUGACCGUCUUUGACGGCGUGGGGGGCUCCAUGGCCACGGAGGACCCCCAUGAGGUGCUCAGUGACGUCAUCCUGGUCAUAUCCUGUGGCUACGAGGACAACACCGAGUGGGGCACCAGCUGCGGGUGGGUGUACGGCAGUGUGACGGAGGACAUCGUCACGGGCUACAAGAUGCACACGCGCGGGUGGCGCUCCGUCUACUGCAUGCCGCCACGCCCCGCCUUCAAGGGUUCGGCGCCAAUAAACAUGACGGACCGGCUAGCUCAGGUGCUGCGGUGGGCGACGGGGUCGGUGGAGAUCUUCUUCUCGCAGCACAACCCCGUGUGGGCCGACUGCUGCUCCCACCUCAAACUCACCCAGCGCAUCGCGUACAUGAACACGGCGCUGUACCCGUUCACGUCGCUGGCCCUCACCGUCUACUGCUUCCUGCCUGCUAUCAGCCUCUUCUCCGGCCAGUUCAUCGUGCCCAACAUUGACAACUGGGCGGUGCUCUACUUCCUCGCGCUCUUCCUCUCCAUCUUCGCCACCGCCCUCCUAGAAAUCCGCUGGAGUGGCGUGUCGCUGGAGGAGUGGUGGCGCAACGAGCAGUUCUGGGUCAUUGGAGGCACAUCUGCGCACUUUGCUGCUGUGAUGCAGGGGCUGCUGAAGGUGGUGGCGGGCGUGGAGGUGCACUUCACACUCACCUCCAAGGCCUCGCAGGACAUGGAGGAUGAGUUGGCGGAGCUCUACACCGUCCGGUGGACAUGGUUGUUCCUGAUUCCCCUGACCAUCAUCAUUGUGAAUGCAUUCGCCAUUUUGGCCGGUGUGGCGCACGCCAUCAACAACUGGCAAUCCACCGACUCCACCGUCAGUGGCUAUGGCCACCCCAUCAAGGCCCCCACAUCCAAUGCGGACCAGAUUGGUCAACUUGUCGGCCAAGUGUUCUUUUCUGUCUGGGUUCUUCUGCAUCUAUAUCCUUUCACAAAGGGUUUGAUGGGUCGUAGCAACCGCAUGCCAACGCUUGUCAUCGUCUGGGCUAUGCUUUUGGCAAUUGUUCUGUCCCUCCUAUGGGCUCGUAUCUCAAUGAAUUAGUUUACUGAAAGGCAAUUUAGGAGAAUGCAUGUGGUUCUAUAUUUUAGAUUUGAGUUCUAAUUGUACAUCCCGAGUUGUCGUAUUGGUCGUUCAAGUGUCCUUUUGUCGUCGAGUACCAUUUCCAUUA